AACUGGAGGGAUGACUGCGCUUUCACUGACUAGAUUACAAAUGUCAACGAACGAUUUCUCCAUUUAGAAUUACAGUUGUUAUGUUAAAUACAUAUGAAUCAUCAUCUAUUGUGUUCGUGGUUUAGAAAUAGUUUUAACUUGAUAGGAACCUUUAAUCACUGGUCUCUUAAUCAGGUCGAUGUGUUUUUGUAAUCGCACUCCAUUCUCACUCAACCAACCUGUAUAAACAUCAGUCCAGUCAAGACAUUGGGCCAUAUUUGAGGGAAUGGAGUUUGCUGAGCUGAUUAAGACCCCCAGAGUGGAUGGGGUAGUGUUGAGGCGGCCCUUCCAGCCCACUGUGGAGGGAACUCUGUGUCUGACUGGACACCACCUUAUCUUGAGCUCCAGACAAGACAACACUGAAGAGCUUUGGCUGCUGCAUGCUAACAUCGACUGCAUUGAGAAGAGGUUUGUGGGGACACUGGGGACCAUCAUAGUGAAGUGCAAAGACCUGAGGGUGAUUCAGCUAGAUAUACCUGGCAUGGAGGAGUGCCUCAACAUUGCCAGUUCCAUCGAGGCUUUGUCCACUCUAGACUCUGUGUCACUGAUGUACCCGUUCUUCUACCGGCCGAUGUUUGAGGUCAUCGAGGAUGGGUGGAACUCUUUUCUUCCAGAAGACUCCUUCAAAGACCUGGAGUCUAUGACUGAUGAAUGGCGUCUCAGUGAUGUGAAUCAGGAUUACUGUGUGUGUGCUUCCUACCCCCCCCUGGUGGCCGUACCAAAAGAUGUGGAUGACGACACCCUGAGGAAAGCUGCCGCCUUCCGCCACGCUGGCCGCUUCCCGGUGCUCAGCUACUACCACAAGAAGAACGGCAUGGUGAUGAUGCGUUCGGGUCAGCCUUUGACGGGCACUAAUGGGCGUCGCUGUAAGGAGGACGAGAAGCUGAUCAAUGCCACGCUGCGGGCCGGGAAACGCGGCUACAUCAUUGACACGCGCACCAUCGCCGUAGCCCAGCAGGCCAAGGCACGAGGGGGGGGGUUCGAAUCGGAGGCCAACUACCCCCAAUGGAGGAGGAUACACAAGGCCAUAGAGAGGUCCAGUGUUCUCCAGGAGAGUCUGAUUAAGCUGGUAGAGGCUUGUAAUGACCAGAGUCACAACAUGGACCGGUGGCUCAGCAAACUGGAGGCUUCUAACUGGCAGACUCAUGUCAAGGAGAUUCUCACUACUGCCUGUCUGGCUGCUCAGUGCAUCGACAGAGAGGGAGCGUCAGUGCUGGUUCAUGGGACCGAGGGGACAGAUUCCACCUUGCAGGUCACGUCUUUAGCCCAGAUCAUCCUGGACCCGACCUGCAGAACCAUACGGGGGUUCCAGGCUCUGGUGGAGCGAGAAUGGCUGCAGGCCGGUCAUCCAUUUCAGCAGCGCUGUGUCCAGUCUGCCUAUGGUAAUGGUAGCAGUGUUAAGGUUCGUUGUGAAGCUCCGGUGUUCCUGCUCUUCCUGGACUGUGUCUGGCAGAUCCUACGCCAGUUCCCCUGCUCCUUCCAGUUCUCAGAACACUUCCUUGUUCUGCUCUUCGAACACGCAUACGCAUCGCAGUUCGGGACCUUCUUAGGCAACAGCGCUGCUGAGCGUGCUAAGCUGAAGCUGUCCCAGAAGACGGUGUCUCUGUGGUCCUGGGUGAACAGGCCCCAGGAGGCACAGCGUCUAUCCAACCCGCUCUACGAAGCCAACAGCCUGGUCAUCUGGCCCUCUGUGGCCCCUCAGAGUCUGCUUCUAUGGGAGGGUGUGUUUUUGCGUUGGAACCGCAGCUCCCGGUGUCUGGAUGAGGCCUAUGAGGAGAUGGUCCACAUCAUAGAGUAUAACAAGGAGCUGCAGAACAAAGUCAACAGCCUCAGAAGACAGCUGGCUGAACUGGAGACAGAUGACCCUCUGCAGCACACUGAAUAAGGGGAGAGCAGGAGGUGGAGGAGGUGAGGUGGGGGAAAAGAGAUGAGAGUACCUCCUGUCCAGCCUUAUUAACCCCACCAGCUUAAAUGUUUUAAACCAAUACAUACAUACACACACAGUGUAUAUACACACACACACACACAGUGUAUAUACACACCGAGACACCGUCCUGUUGACACGCAUGACCUGAAACUGGAUGCAGGGGCAUUCUGAAUGAGCUACUAUAUCUGGAUGGGUAGUAGUAGUAGUAGUAGUAGUAGUAGUAGUAGUGUAGUCCUAUAUCUGGAUGUGUAGUAGUACUGUAGUGUUACUAUAUCUGGAUGUGUAGUAGUACUGUAGUGUUACUAUAUCUGGAUGUGUAGUAGUAGUGUAGUGCUACUAUAUCUGGAUGUGUAGUAGUAGUGUAGUGCUACUAUAUCUGGAUGUGUAGUAGUAGUGUAGUGCUACUAUAUCUGAAUGGGUAGUAGUAGUGUAGUGCUACUAUAUCUGGAUGGGUAGUAGUAGUGUGGUGCUACUAUAUCUGAAUGGGUAGUAGUAGUAGUAGUGUGGUGCUACUAUAUCUGAAUGGGUAGUAGUAGUAGUAGUAGUGUAGUGCUACUAUGUCUGAAUGUGUAGUAGUAGUGUAGUGCUACUAUAUCUGGAUGGGUAGUAGUAGUGUAGUGCUACUAUAUCUGGAUGGGUAGUAGUAGUGUAGUGCUACUAUAUCUGGAUGGGUAGUAGUAGUGUAGUGCUACUAUAUCUGGAUGGGUAGUAGUAGUGUAGUGCUUUAUCUGGUUGGGUAUUAGUACUGUAGUGCUACUCUGAAUAACCAUUUCAAUACAUGCUAGCAGCCUCAUUUUGAAUACCAUUGACUGAACUACCACACACACACACACACACGCGCAUGCAUACAGCAUGUCUGAAUUACACACUGACCAACUUACUGUUUUUUUUGUUACAUUCCAAAAAUACAGGACGCUUGAACAACACAUAUGACAUGAUAUUACUCAGAAAUGUUGUCAAAUUGAGGGGUAAAAAAUAUUCUAACUAUUUAACCCACCCAGUUAAAACAUUUCAGCAGUUGUUUUCAAUAUAUUUUACUUGACGCAAGAAAUGUCAAUAGUACAUUGUGGGGUUACUGUCAAACCUGGGAAAAUGUAGUUACAGUUUUCUUGUUAGUUACUGUCAUUGCUGAACCGCUUUAAAGUAGCACAUUUCACACAUAUUAUUAUACUGGCUUUCUACAGUAUAUUGAAACCCUAAUCACAGCAUUUUUAAACCCUAACUACAGUAUAUUUAAACCUGCUUGUUGUAUAACACUAUUAUCUGCACUGACCAGUUGUCUUCAUGAGCACUGGAUGGGUUCAGGAUUGGAGUCAGUUCCAUUUCAUUUCCAGUCAACUCAGAAAGUACCCCAAACUCAAUUCCUCUCAGAAAGUAGCCUGAACUCAAUUCCUCUCAGAAAGUACCCCAAACUCAAUUCCUCUCAGAAACGCCAUAACUGGGAAGUGAUAAACCUUCUCUGGCCCUUAAGUCAGUGUCCAUCCAAAUCUCCUGUCAUUGUAGUUUUUUCAUUUCCUGAUUCUACAUGUUGGGAUCUCUGUUGUUUGACAACACUGUUAGUGAACCAGAGCUGUCUGAAAACUUGGUAGAUAUUCAAGCACCUGAGAAAAAACGUCUCUAAUGCCCCCCCUGUAGUUCACAGCAGAUCUUGGACUAAAGUGGUGUACUAUAUAGGGAAUAGGGUGGUAAAAUAGUGUACUAUAUAAGGAACAGUCUGACCUUUGGGACUCAUAUUGUCAACUGUCACAUUGUCUUAAACAGGAUAUUUUACUCAAAAACAAUGCAUCAUUGUCACUGAGCAUUUUAAUUGCAAAGGGGAAAAUCUUGAAAAUGUGGCUUGAGUUUGUUAUUAGUGGAAUAAUGAACAAAAUACUAAAACAUUGUUUUCAGAGUAAAAAGAAAAAGCAUCCCUUUUCUGAAUGUUGCGGCGACAGUUAUCUUGUGCCAGUGUGCUUUCGGCCAAGUCAUACCGUGGCUACAUAUCAACGGGGGAUAUGGAGUCGGGUUGGGUUGCCAACUCACUACAAUGUUGGCCUGUGAAAUUUGCUCUGUCGUAGGGGAUUAGCUCUUCCUUUUAUAAACUGGCUGGAGAGACAGAGGUCUGGCUGGAGGUUGAAUGGGCUUCUGAAAAGGCUCCCUGUGUUCGCUGUCUGCAUAUAUUACAACCUGGGACGUUGUUGUUGGUUUGCUCUAUGUAACCGCGAGGAACUGGCCAUGUAAGUAGUCAUUUGCAUGUAGCUUUUAGAUGGCUGAAGCCAUGUGAGGCUGUGCCAGUUAUCGUUAUACAGCCACUCCCUUUCUAAUAAUUUUUGGUUUUCACUCUGUGAUCUUUUGACCUAUGAAAUUAGUUUUGAAAAAGGUCUGACAUGAAAAUAUUUCAUGUAAUUUUCCAACAGAGUAAUUAGUUAAACAAAAAAAGAGUGCCUGUGUUAACUCAGCCAUAAUACAGUACAUGUCAAGGUGUUUGCUAUGUAUAUUUUCACAUGGAUAAUUAUUGGGCUGAUAAUAUAUUGAUGAAAUACUAUUAUACUAUAUUCUAUAUAGUAUAUAGAUGAGAUACAAGCUGUUUUGCUUUUUUUAAAUUCUUGUCACUUUCUGAUUUACAUUCUGAUCAGUGCAAUGCCUUAUGAGAAAAUAACAUUAUGUAUUGUAUAUUCUAUGUGAAUGUUUUUUUUAUUGUUUUUCAUUUAAAAUAUUUUUUUCUGAUGAACUGUGCAGGUGAUAAAUUAAAUAGUUACCUUUUCUUUUUAGUAUCUUUGGGCAUUAAAAUAUGAUUCUGAAUAUGAAAAUGAAAAUGGCUGUAGCCUUUGUUCCCUUACAGUGCCAUUCAUUAACUGGACAUCCUGUAGUCACAUUACAUUAUUUCUGAAAGCCACAUCAUUCUGUCACCAAAUGACAUCAUUUCCAAACGCUGAUGAAUUUGCGACUGUUUCACGUUGGACAGACAUACAGUAAAUUACUGGUGGUGGAAGAAAUGGGGAGUACACCUCCAUUAACACACACAAAAGAAAUACUUUAACACACCUAAACAAAAAAAGAACACAUCCCUACACAGCAUUUCAACACAAACGGACACAAUAGCACUCAAAUGUACUGAAAGCCGAUCUGCACUGAAGGCACACAUGAAUGCGAUUGGAUUACUCAGUGUGGGGGUGUGGUUUACAUUUUAAACAGGAACAUUUUUCAGAGAGGAUCAGUGACAUGUCUGUUUCUUAGGAGAACCAUGUCUUCAGUACAAACGUUUAUGCCAUGUAGAAAACAUUAAAUCAAACGUACCCCAGAAGUUAGAAAAACAUGCUUUGAGAAACAUUUCAUGUUUGACUGUCUGCAAAACAUUGGUCAAACAAACUUAAAUCCUAGUAAAUGUGGGCAGAUUGUUCACAUGACCAGAAGGGGCGGGCCCUCCCAGUAGGCAAGAUUAGGCCGCAGGCUAUAGCGGUACUUGAAUUUGAGGCAGCAGUUUAACAAUUGGCUGCCGCCUUCCUGCCUGACAAUUGGCUGCCUCCCCCAGCCUGACAAUUGGCUGCCUCCCCCAGCCUGACAAUAGGCCUGCCGUCUUUCCUAAGGGGGCAGAACGUCCAGGGGCCGGCCCUGCCAGGAGACAUUUCCACUCUGUUACUGUAGGAACGUAAUGUAUUUUCAGUGUACAUCCUCAAAAUCAUCAAAUGUCAAUGAUUCACGUAUUUUAAAAAUGUUUUAAUGUAACCAAUCCCAGUUUUCAGAACAGCACAUCUUUCCCUCCCCCUUUGUCCUAAUAAGGGUGAAUAACGGUACAUCUUUCCCUCCCCCAUUGUCCUAAUAAGGAUGAAUAACAGCAUUUAUUUCCCUCCCCCUUUGUCCUAAUAAGGAUAAUAUGCAUAAUAUGGUUGAAAGGACAGUGUAAAAUGUCUCAAAAUAAAAACACCAUUAAACAGCAAUGGGUAAAUGUCCAAAACAUUUGACUGGUACUGUAUACAGAUCAUUAGUUUUCAUUCCCCCAAAUGGAGGCCCUAGAAUUUAGAGUAUACAAUGCAACGGUCCUAUUCUGCUUUCUGAUUGCUCAGAUUACAGGAAUAAAGCUGUAAUAUGUUCUCUGGU